UGGCCAAGCAAAGAAGAAGCUUGCUUAAGCAACACGUAGCUAGCUAGCCACACACUGACACACACACACAGCUGAUCGAGCUAGCACUGAUCAGUAUACUUGCACACCGAAGUAUGUCUCUGUCCACGAUAAUCCUCGCAGUUCUUGCCGUGAGCAUGGCCGGCGCCGCUCCACACGUGCUCGCGGCGCGUGAGCUCUUGGACGCCGUCGCAGUCGACGCCGCCAUGGUGUCGAGGCACGAGCAGUGGAUGGCGGAGCACGGGCGCACGUACCUGGACGGGGAGGAGAAGGCGCGGAGGCUGGAGGUAUUCCGGGCCAACGCCAAGCUGAUCGACUCGUUCAACGCCGCAGGGGAGAACAGCCACCGGCUGGCCACCAACAGGUUCGCCGACCUCACCGACGAGGAGUUCCGCGCGGCGAGGACCGGCCUCCAGCGCCAGCCGGCGGCCGUGGCCGGCGCGGGGAGCGGCGGGUUCAGGUACGAGAACUUCAGCCUGGCCGACGCGGCCGGGAGCGUGGACUGGAGGGCCAUGGGCGCUGUCACCGGAGUCAAGGACCAGGGCUCUUGCGGUUGCUGCUGGGCGUUUUCGGCAGUAGCGGCGGUUGAAGGUCUAACCAAGAUCCGGACGGGGCGGCUGGUGUCGCUGUCGGAGCAGGAGCUGGUGGACUGCGACGUCAACGGCCUUGACGAGGGCUGCGACGGCGGCCUCAUGGACAACGCUUUCCAGUACAUGGCUCGCCGCGGCGGGCUCGCCGCCGAGUCCUCCUACCCGUACCGUGCCACGGACGGGUCGUGCCGCCGCCCGGGCUCGUCGGCCGCGUCCAUCCAGGGCUACGAGGACGUGCCGGAGAACAACGAGGCGGCGAUGGCGGCGGCCGUGGCGCACCAGCCCGUGUCCGUGGGCAUCAACGGCGGCGACUACGUGUUCCGGUUCUACGACAGCGGCGUGCUGGGCGGGUCCGAGUGCGGCACGGAUCUCAACCACGCCGUCACGGCGGUCGGGUACGGCACGGCGAGCGACGGCAGCAAGUACUGGCUGAUGAAGAACUCGUGGGGCGCGUCGUGGGGCGAGGGCGGCUACGUCAGGAUCCGCCGCGGCGUCCGCGGCGAGGGCGUUUGCGGCCUCGCUAAGCUCGCGUCCUACCCUGUCUAGCUGAUUCAGUGCACGUCACUAGCUAGCUACGCAUGCAUACAGUUUGGUUCGGCACCCUACGUAUGACGUCCCUAUUCGAUAUUUCGAUCCAUUGAACUGGAUUGGUAUUCUAAAUUAGUUAAGGUGUGUAUACAUACAUGUAUAUACAGUUGGGUUAAUUAGGGGCCCUCCGUAAAAAAGAGAGGGGCCGAUGGCUACAAAUGGCGCCUCAAGCAGGAGUAAGGAUGCACCGUACGUAGCUACGUGUGUGUAUGACGAAACCAUGAUGAAUUUGUACAGAUGGGCUUGUAACUA